AUGUCCGAUUUCACAUCCGCUGCGGGAGAUCCCGAAGGCAACGUUGUAUCUCAAGAGCCCUACCACCAUGGUAAGGAGGAAGCCACCAACGUGUUGGACGAGGAUGAAUAUCAGCAACCACCAUCCGGAGUACAGGAAUUGUUCUUCAUCAUGGUGCUUUGCUCCUCGCAGUUCUUCGUCCAGGGAGCGUUUGGGUACAUCCUAUUACCGCUCCAUAUUGUGGCCCGGACUUUCGGUCAAGAUCCUGACCAGCCGUCCACAGUGAUGGCAUGGCACGUCGCAGGAUACAGUCUUACUGUCGGUACUUUUAUCCUCAUUGCUGGAAAGUUAGGCGAUAGAUAUGGCUCGAGAAGUGCUCUUUUGCUCGGCUGGAUUUGGUUUGGGGUAUGGUCCGUCAUCGGAGGUUGCAGCGCUUGGACGAAGUCUGCCGCCUUUUUCGAUACAGCGCGAGCAUUUCAGGGGAUUGGGCCAGCUUUCAUUCUACCGAACGCCAUCGCUAUUGUCGGUCGUACUUAUCCACCUGGGAAGAAGAAGACCGUUAUUUUCUCCAUGUUUGCUCUCGCAGCGCCCUUGGGCUGUUCGGUUGCUGGCGCUAUUGGGUCCGCAUUUGCCCAGUACGUAUGGUGGCCAUGGACCAUGUGGACGUUCGCUCUCGGCUGCUUUAUCGUUGCAGUGACGGGUUACUUUGUGAUUCCAAAGGAAAUACACAAGAGUAAGCAAAAGUCGUUCGACUGGCUAGGGUCAGUUCUCGGGGUUACGGCGUUGUUGUUACUUAAUAUUUCCUGGAAUCAAGCACCCAUCGAUCGCUGGUCAACGCCAUAUGUUUAUAUUUUGUUGAUCCUUGGAUUCGUUUUUGUGGCCCUGUUUGUCUUCCAGGAACGCAGGGCCGAAAUUCCGCUCUUGGACAUGUCGAUUUUCAACCGCCAUGUGGCAGCAGUAUUGGUCACAACGGGGCUCGGUUGGAGCAGUUUUGGGGUCUGGUUUUACUAUCUGUUCCAGUUUAUCCAACGUUUCCGGGGAGUGUCUCCCCUCGAUUCGGCAGCUCAAUUCGCGCCAGGGGCUAUAUCAGGAAUCGUGGCCGCAAUCGCAACCCCGUACUUGAUGUGGACUAUGCCGACAGGCUGGCUCAUGGCUAUCGCUUGUUUUGCUUUUCUUGCAGGGGCCAUAUUACAGGCAACGGCGCCUGUACACCAGAGCUACUGGUUCAAUACGUUUUGGUCAUUUGUUGUCAUGGCAUGGGGAAUGGACAUUUCAUUCCCUGCGUCGGCAACGAUUUUAAGCAACACCGUUCGGGUAGAACACCAAGGAGUUUCGGCCUCGCUAGUCAACACAGUGAUAAAUUAUUCGAUCGCAAUCGGGCUCGGCAUUGCCGGCACCGUGGAGGCGCAGGUGAAUCCGGCCGGGAACCGAACUUUACAGGGGUAUAGGGCCGCCCUAUAUACCUCUGUGGGCCUUGCAGGUCUAGGUUUCGGGGUUGCAGUGGUGUAUGCAACUUGUUAG